CGUCGCCAUCGGACACGUAGCAGCGCACUUUUCCAACGAGUUGGUCCCUGGUGCUUUCUGGCGCUCCGCUUUUUUUCAAGUCCAGCGUGUCAAAUUUCGGAUUCAGACGGCCGACCCGGCGCUGAAAAAAAUCUCGCAAUCAGUGGGGUUGGUGUUUUUCUCAUUUGAAUAUAGAAAGGCAUGGUGAAAAGUGAAUCAAAUUUAAAUACGUGGAAAGCGUCAACCAUGAAGUACUCCAGCACCUUUGUUUACACGUUUCUUCUGAUUGCGACUCUGCACGGCGCCACCCAAGCUCGCAUCUACCAAACUUCCGAUGCCAUCAUUACCGAGGCUGAAGAUUUCAGCGGUGGCUUGAAAGGGCGAUCGAUUCAUAAUGACGACGAUGCCGUCUCGUGGGUAUCGUCGGCUUCGCUGCCAAAAUCGGAACCAGUUUCAAGCGGAUCGACCAAACCCGUUCGAGCCUUGCCCAGUGGAACUUACCUCUUGACGGAUCGGACCUGCUGGACACCAGACGGCAAGCUCGGCACCUGCAGUUCCGUCCGUUCCUGCAACCCCAACAUGAAACUUCCAUCGAAAAAUGAGGUGGACUCCGGUAAACUCGGCGCUCGAGGUACCUGCGUCUAUGCCGAACCAGAUGGUAGACAGUCGUACGGAAUAUGUUGCACAGUGAAGCAGGCUCCACCUUUUGGCAGCUUUGGCCAAGGUUCUGGUUUCCCUUUCGCUGUGCCAUCAAAUCCUUGGUGGCCCACUUAUUUCCCUUUCAGUCCAUCGGUGGCAGGUGCUGGAUUCGCCCCCUUACCAACCGUAACUUCUCGGCCUAGCACCACUAGUCCGUGGUGGGUUCCCGAUGCCGUCACCACUUCACGGCCCAGCCGGCCCAGCACUACCAGCCCGUGGUGGGUUCCCGAUGUCGUCACGUCUACGACUUCACGGCCCAGCACAACUAGCCCUUGGUGGGUUCCUGAUUCAGCGACCAGCACCACUGCGGCAAAACCUGUCACCACCAGUACUUCUACCAAAAAACCCAGCACCACUAGUCCAUGGUGGGUUCCUGAAAGCACGACGUCCAAGCCCGGCGUUGUGCCCAGCACCACUCCCGUUGUUGUCGAUUCGGGCCCUAGCGACAACAAUGUGGCCUGUGGAGCCGGACCGAAACGAACGUUGAGCGCAGACGAACAGGAACGGAUUGUCGGCGGGACGACUGCCACCAGAAACUCGUGGCCUUUUGUCGUUGCGCUGUUUAGCAACGGCCGGCAUUUCUGUGGAGGAUCACUGAUGGAUUCCUCGCACAUUUUAACUGCUGCUCAUUGUAUCGCUCAUAUGUCGUCGACCGAUGUGUCCCGCUUGGAAGUGGCGCUAGCCAUGCACACCCUGAGACCUUUCGAUUCGCAAGCUGUGCGCAAGAGAGUUCGUCGAAUCGUUCGCCACAAGGGAUUCAACGCAGUUACUCUGUACAAUGAUGUCGCCAUUCUGACGCUGGAUUCACCUGUUCAAUUUUCAGCGGCCAUUGCUCCGGUUUGCUUGCCACCGAAAGGCAGCAACGAACAGUUCGUCAGUAAAGAGUCCACCGUUGUUGGAUGGGGAGCCUUAAAAGAAGGUGGUCGCCAGCCAGAUGUGUUGCAACAGGUGACCGUCCAAAUCCAGUCGAAUGCGGAGUGCACGAAGAACUACGGAAAAGACGCACCGGGAGGAAUCGUCGAUCACAUGAUAUGCGCCGCUUAUCCUGGCAAAGACUCGUGCAGUGGUGACAGUGGAGGCCCAAUGGUUACACAGACGUCUGCCGGCUCUCCUUGGAUACAAGCUGGUAUUGUAAGCUGGGGAAUCGGUUGCGGAAAAGCUCCCUAUCCAGGAGUUUACAGUCGCGUUACAUCCUUCUUGGACUGGAUACAUAAGAACUCCCAAUAGCACUUGCGAUUUUG